AAGCCCCUAGCCCCUGACAUUCUAGACGCCCCAACCUGCACGUACUCUUUCACCAUGUUGUAACCUCAUUUGAAUAUGUUUAAAACAGCCAAUUGUGUGUAGCUAUACAUUUGUGCCUCAUUUGAAUAUCGUGUAAAAUAGCCAAUUAUGUGUGACCAUGCUUAUGCGCCUCAUUUGAAUCCACCAAUCCCUGUAACCAUGCAUCUGCUUAUUGCAUGUAUACCCCUUAUGACCCAGAUGAUCCAGGACAAAUGACAAGCGUCUCCAUGUCCUUCAUCUGGCAGGCAGCACCAGAUAUCAGGGCUAAGCUACAGAGACUAGAGAAUUUACAAGGGUAUACAUUACAGGAUUUACUUAAGGAGUCAGAAAGAAUUUAUAACUAGAGAGAGACACAAGAAGAGAAGGAAGAUAGGGAACGUAGAGAAAAGGAUGAGAGAGACCGGAAAAGAAACAGAGAGUUGAGCCGAAUCUUGGCCGCCAGAGUACAGGGUCAAGAGAGAAAGGGAGAGAGGAUGGGAGCUCGAAAAGGACCAAAGCUGGAUAAGGAUCAAUGUGCCUACUGCAAAGAAAAAGGACACUGGGCCGUAGACUGCCCCAAGAAGCCUCGCGGGUCCCAGAAGCCUCAGCCGCGGACCUCCGUCUUGGCCCUAGAUGAGGAUUAGGGAGUUCAGGGCCAGGAGCCCCCCCCCCCCCCCCCCGAGCCCAGGAUAACUCUUGAAGUUGGGGGGCAGCCAGUCACCUUUCUAGUGGACACAGGAGCCCAGCAUUCAGUCCUCACCCAGGCCCCUGGACAACUCAGCGACCGGACGGCCUGGGUACAAGGAGCCACUGGCAGCAAGAGAUACCGUUGGACUACAGAUUGCUGGGUUCAGUUGGCUACUGGUAAGGUGACUCAUUUCUUUUUGCAUGUUCCGGAUUGCCCAUACCCUCUGCUGGGCCGUGACUUGCUUACCAAAUUAAAAGCUCAGAUCCAUUUUGAAGAAGGAGGGGCCCGAAUAACUGGCCCCCGCGGUACUCCUCUUCAGAUUUUAACCCUUCAGUUAGAAGAUGAAUAUAGACUGUAUGAACCAGAACAGGACAAGCCAAAAUCUUUAGAAUUAGACUCUUGGGUCACGAGAUUCCCAUUGGCCUGGGCAGAGACUGGCAGGAUGGGGUUGGCGCUCCAACAGCCCCCCCUAAUUAUCCAGUUAAAGGCCACCGCAACUCCUGUCUCCAUUAAACAGUACCCCAUGUCACAUGAAGCUUACCAAGGCAUAAGGCAACAUAUUAGAAGGCUCUUGGACCAAGACAUUCUAGUCCCCUGCCGGUCACCCUGGAAUAUGCCUCUGCUACCUGUUAAGAAGCCUGGCACUGGAGACUAUAGGCCAGUACAAGAUUUGAGAGAAGUCAACAAAAGAGUAGAGGAUAUUCACCCAACUGUCCCGAACCCUUAUAACUUACUCAGCACCCUGCCCUCAUACUCUUGCAGUACGGAGACGACCUCCUCCUAGCGGCCACCUCUGAAACAGCAUGCCUCCAGGGAACUGAAUCCCUCUUGCAGACUUUGGGAUGAUUGGGGUAUCGAGCCUCUGCCAAAAAGGCUCAGAUCUGCCAAACCCAGGUCACUUAUUUAGGAUACCAACUAAGGGACGGACAGCGAUAGCUGACCCCGGCUAGGAAACAGACCAUGGCCGGCAUCCCCGCUCUAAGAAAUGGCCGACAGCUGCGGGAAUUCUUAGGAAAGGCGGGAUUCUGUCGCCUCUGAAUUCCUGGGUUCGCCGAGAUGGCAGCCCCACUGUACCCGCUCACUAAACCGGGGGUACUCUUCCAAUGGGAAACGGAAUACCAGGAAGCAUUUGAUAACAUCAAGCGGGCCUUGCUGUCCUCCCCUGCCUUGGGUCUCCCAGACAUCACCAAGCCCUUUGAACUAUUUGUAGAUGAAAAACAAGGGUAUGCUAAGGGGGUCCUAACAUAAAGACUAGGACCCUGGAAGCGCCCGGUAGCCUACCUGUCUAAAAAAUUAGACCCUGUGGCCUCCGGUUGGCCACCAUGCCUGAGAAUGGUGGUAGCCAUUGCCGUCCUGACCAAAGACGCUGGGAAGUUGACCUUGGGACAGCCACUCAUCAUCCUGGCAUCCCAUGCAGUAGAGGCUUUAAUAAAACAGCCCCCUGACCGUUGGCUCUCUAACUCCCGUAUGAUCCACUACCAAGCCUUGCUACUGGAUGCAGAACGGGUCCAUUUUGGGCCCAUGGUCGCUCUCAACCCAGCCACUCUGCUUCCUUUGCCAGAGGAGGCAGAACAGCACGACUGCCUACAGAUCCUUGCAGAAGUACAUGGAACCAGGCCAGACUUAUUGGACCAACCUCUUCAGAACGCUGACCACACGUGGUACACCGAUGGUAGCAGCUGCUUGGUGAACGGGGAGUGAAAAGCUGGAGCCGCGGUCACUACGGAAGACAAAGUGAUCUGGGCGAGCGCCCUGCCUGCUGGUACCUCCGCACAACGGGCUGAACUCAUUGCCUUAACCCAGGCGCUCAAGAUGGCAGAGGGUAAGAGGCUAAAUGUAUACACGGACAGCCGUUACGCCUUCGCCACUGCACACAUCCACGGAGAGAUCUACCGGAGGAGGGGGCUGCUCACAUCUGAGGGUAAGGACAUUAAAAACAAGGCUGAAAUUCUGGCCCUCCUGGCAGCCCUGUUCCUACCCAAAAGACUGAGCAUUAUACAUUGCCCAGGACAUCAGAAAGGACACAGCCCCGAGGCACGGGGAAAUCAGCUAGCUGACGCCUCGGCGCGUGAGGCCGCCAUAGGCACCCAAGUUCUGUCCUUAAAUAACCAAGAUCAACCCACGUCUCCACAGCCAGAACAGACUGGUUGGCUCUAUACCAUGGAGGACAUAGAGCUCCUAAAGAAAAUGGGGGCCGUUUGGUUGCCUCAACUAAAGCGGUGGGUCUAUACAGGAAAAACAGUUAUGCCUACGAAGAUGACCUUUGAAUUAAUCUCCUACCUACAUAAAUUAACCCACCUGGGACUCAAAAAGAUGAAGACCCUCUUAAAACGAGAGGAGGUUGACACCUACCUCCUGGGUCGAGAUCAGGCCUUGCGGGAGGUGACUGAGAGCUGCAGGGCCUGUGCUCAGGUAAACCCAGGAAAAGCUAAGAAUGGACAAGGGGUCCGCCCCCGAGGACAUCAGCCUGGUACCCACUGGGAGAUUGAAAUCAAGCCAGGUAUAUACGGACACAAAUACCUCUUAGUGUUUGUAGACACUUUCUCCGGAUGGGUGGAGGCUUUCCCCACGAAACGUGAAACAGCCAAGGUGGUGACCAAGAAGCUCCUCGAAGAAAUCUUCCCCAGGUAUGGAAUGCCCCAAGUACUGGGGUCAGAUAACAGGCCUGCUUUCGUCUCCCAGCACAUCUUCAGGCCAUACAAAUCGUGCAGAGAGACAUCGGGAAACCUCUGGCAGUGGCCUACCAAGAUAGGCUUGAACAACCGACGGUACCACACCCGUUCCAGAUCGAAGACACCAUGUGGGUACGCAGACAUCAGACCAAGAAUCUCGAGCCACGGUGGAAAAGACCCUAUACAGUCCUCCUGACUACCCCGACAACCUUGAAGGUAGACGGAAUUUCGGCUUGGAUCCACGCGUCUCACGUCAAGGCAGCCCGACCUGAAGAAACGGCGGAUCACAACACCGCACCCCAGACAUGGAAGGUUCAACGCACUCAAAACCCCCUAAAGCUAAGACUCUCACGUUGUUACUCUUAACUAUCUUAUGGACCAGGGGUGGGGCGAGUCUGGGGGCUAGCCCUCACCAGGUAUAUAAUAUGUCCUGGAUAAUAACUAAUUUAGAGACUGGCUGGUCUCAAGUUUUGGCCAAUGGCAAACAUGCUGAAGGCACCUCGUGGCCCCCAUUGACUUUCGACCUUUGUCAGCUGGCUAAGGACUCCUGGGAGCAUACUGAGCGGACUCCCCACAACUCAUACCCACCCUGCAGACACUCUGACUGGUAUACAUGUCCCGGAGGUAAGAGGACACAGGAGUGCGGAGGUCCCGAAACCUUCUACUGCACUAAGUGGGGGUGUGAGACUUAUACUCGAGGAUGGUGGGAGACCAAGAAGGGAGACUUAGUGGUCUUCUCUCCUGAGACUCCAGGCGAAUCCCGAAUUACAGUGGAAUUCACGGAUCAAGGUAAAAGCACAGACUGGAAGGUGGGGUGUAGAUGGGGGAUACAGUUGUACACUCCUGGCCAGACUAACCCAGGACUUUUGUUCUCCCUCCAACUGGUGAGAGACCGGGUUAGACAGGAGAUUGGUCCUAACCCAGUCCUUGUGGACCAAAAGCCCCCUUCCUGACCAGCGCCGGCAUUGCCCCCGGUUGAACCCCUACCAUGGCUAAACACCACCCAGACCCCCGGGGACAUCUCAACCACCCCCUCCCCAACUAGGGGCCCCUCCAAACUGGCCCCCCAGUUGCCAGGAACGGGAGACUGGCUAAUCAACCUAGUGACCGGAGUAUACCUGGCACUCAAUUAUUUAGAACCUGACAAGACCCGGGAAUGCUGGCUGUGCCUGGUUUCUAGCCUGCCUUAUUACGAGGGCGUGGCAGUCAUGGGGAAUUAUACUAACCAGACCACAGCCCUGGCUAGCUGCACAACCCUCCCUAGCCACAAGUUGACAUUGCCGGAAGUCUCAGGGCAGGGACUCUGUAUAGGAACUAUACCCCCCCACUCAUCAGGUCCUCUGCGAUACCACCAGGAGGAUCCCCACCGGAAGCUACUACGUAGUAGCUCCUGCAGGCACUUAUUGGGCCUGUAACACCAGGCUGACACCUUGCAUCUCCGCCGCAAUCCUCAACAGAUCCUCCGACUAUUGUGUACUGGUAGAAAUCUGGCCUAAGGUCACCUACCAUGAGCCCGAGUACAUAUACUCUCAUUUUGAGGGGCUGACUCGAUUCAGGCGAGAACCCAUCACCAUGACCCUAACUCUAUUCCUAGGAGGGAUGGCUGCAGGUAUAGGGACGGGAACCACUGCCCUCAUCAAGACAGGUCACUUUCGUCAGCUACAGGCGGCCAUGAAUGCAGAUCUAAAAGCCAUUGAGGAAUCUGUGAGUGCAUUAGAAAAAUCCUUAACAUCUCUGUCUGAAGUAGUCUUACAAAAUAGAAGAGGGCUAGACAUGCUGUUCCUUCGCGAAGGAGGACUAUGUGCUGCUUUAAGAGAAGAAUGUUGUUUCUAUGCAGAUCAUACAGGACUAGUGAGAGUAAUAUGGCUAAGCUCCAAGAACGCUUGGCCCAAAGACAGAAGCUGUUUGAUUCCCAACAAGGCUGGUUCGAGGGGUGGUUUAACCGAUCCCCUUGGUUUGCUACCCUGAUGUCCACCUUGAUGGGACCCCUAAUUAUUCUCCUCCUAAUCCUCCUCUUUGGUCCCUGCAUCCUAAACAGAUUGGUACAGUUUAUGAAGGACAGUCUCUCAGUCAUUCAGACACUUGUCUUGACCCAACAAUACCAGAAGAUAAGACAACAAGAAGAGAUUCCUUAAGGCCCAGCUUGAGUAAAAGAUUUUACUCAAUGUUAAAAGAAAAUGGGGGGGGGGGGGCUGGGGAUUUAGCUCAGUGGUAGAGCGCUUACCUAGGAAGCUCAAGGCCCUGGGUUCGGUCCCCAGCUCCGAAAAAAAGAACAAAAAAAAAAAAAAAAAAAAAAAAGAAAAUGGGGGAAAGACCCCCCCCACCCCCAGAAGAAAAUGAGCUUCAGGUCCACAAAUAUAACGUAAAAGAAUAAGUCUUAAGAUCCACAGACUCAGUGCCGAAACAGGCCUGAACGAGCCCAGACACGCCCAGACACACGGGGCCGGGCCUGGGUCACCGUUAAAACCAACAGACCAUAAAAGGAAAGGAAUGCAGAACAAACCAGGAGUAUCGGAUCUGACUCACAGGCCAUCUGGCAGGAAGAGAUAGGCUCCUAGCCCCUGACAUUCUAGACGCCCCAACCUGCACGUACUCUUUUCACCAUGUUGUAACCUCAUUUGAAUAUGUUUAAAACAGCCAAUUGUGUGUAGCUAUACAUUUGUGCCUCAUUUGAAUAUCGUGUAAAAUAGCCAAUUAUGUGUGACCAUGCUUAUGCGCCUCAUUUGAAUCCACCAAUCCCCGUAACCAUACAUAUGCUUCUGUACGCCCGCUUCUGCUCCCCAGAACCCUAUAAAAACCCCAUGCUGGAGCUGCUCGGGGCGCAAGCCCUCCAAAGAGACUGUGUGCCUGCAGGUACCUGUGUUAUUCAAUAAACCCUCUUGCUGAUUGCA